AUGCAUCUCUCCCCGCCUCUUCUUCGUCUACUUCCUUCCCUCUCCUCCAAACUCCCCAAAGAUCAUCCUCUCUAUCACCACCUCGUCGUACCCCGCAAAAAUCGCUUAGAUCCGUACGAACUCCAGUUAACGAUCAUGGCGUCCAAGAAAGGGGUGCACAACUCGGCGGUGGUGAGGAAUCGAUGUCGGAGGAGGUUCAAAGAGGCUGUUAGGUUGGUCGUGACGAGGGAAGCUCAAGGCGGAAAAGGGGGGGAGGGGCAAGUCGUAGAGGUCGACGAAGGGGGUGUUAAAGGGCCGAGGAGGUGGUUGAUACCUGGUCAGUUUUUUUCGGUGGGACCAGAUCGGAGGUGUUCCAACGCCCGUAUUACUGAUUAUGGCUCAAGCAGGGUACACCUACAUCGUCAACCUAACAUUGGAAGUAUACAAACAACCUCUUUCAACCAUGGUCAACGAAAUCAGGCAAGGGUUUCUACAGGUCAAGGUGAGUAGCUGAUUCACAGUGGGGAACCGGAAUAAGAGUUUGCGGAAUCUCUUCCGAGGCUCACACCUGCGCUUCUUGGACCGUUCAAUGCACCAGUCCAAAACGAAUGAGACGACCUAUCGGAAUUUGAUUGAUUCGAUAGAGGUACCGGAGGAAGAAGAGGCCGCUGAUUCGCAGUGA